GCAACGCCAUUCUUCUGCAAUACAUCUUUGACACUUUACAUCCUACACAAAUCCCGCCUUCCACUCCAACCAUGUCUCCCUCAACCAACCUUCGUCUUGUGUUACAGGUCCUGCAGCAGCAACUGCAGCAGCAGCUAGAACAGCAGCGACAGCUGCAACAGCAACAUCUAAACCUGAUGGCGAUUCAAGCACAUGACUCUGCGAUGGAUCUGGUCAGCCAGCCGCAGAUUCCUGUUCAUGUUCCUGCUCAAGCUCCUGUUCAAGUUCCUGUUCAUGUUCCUGCUCAAGUUUCAGCUCAAAUCCAAGUGCACGCUCCUAUUCUGGCUCCACCACAAGACGAGGGCUCAGUCUUUCUCGAAGACAUAAUGGUCGACGUUACACACAACCUGGUGUAGAUCCUGUCAAGGCGCCAAAGAUAAUGGACAACACUCCUUCCGCUCUCGCUCCAGGAACACAGAAGCCUCACAGGCCUUCAAUACAGUAUCCGCAUCAAUAAACAC